AUGAUAACGAAGGGCUCAAAUCAGAGAAACAAAAAAAGACAUAUCCUGGUAUGUCUCAUCAUAGCAUUACUGACCAUUACGAUUUGUUUAUUAGUGAGGAAAGAGAGCGAUUCGUUAUUUCGAAUAUUUCCUUCUGAGAAGGGGUUUAGUGGGAAUGGAAAUGCAAAAUUUAAGUUAAAACAGAUACACCGACAUGGUGUUGGUUCGAAGCAUGAGUGGCACCAGAAAUUAGAGGUUGAUGCAGAUUUCGUAGAGCAAGCAGGCCUUCUCUACGAGCGCCAGGUUAGAAUCAAUCAAAAAACGUAUGACGAGCCUUUAUGGACAAACCAUCAUGAGUUCGCAACGGAGAACCCAUUUGCGUACGAGUUCGAUAUUAGUGAUGACUUACUGGAUAUGAAGCGCAUGGCUGACCGGAGUCCCGAAUUUAUCGAAGGAUACUCAGAGUUUGCCCUUUCUUCACCAGAGAUGGCCGCUAAAGUUCAAAUCGAUUGGAUAGAUGAGAAAGUUAUUGUACCAAAUAUUACUGAUAAGAAAACUGAGGUUUCCUUGGCACUAAUGUCAUCAAAUGCGUACGUUAGAAUACCACAUACUGGUGACUGGAGAAAUAUAUCAAGGCCAUGGAAUCGGUCUGAAUCUGGUGGAUUUGGUUGGAACGAUGAUGGUCUCAGAGGCCAUGUGUUUGCCAACGAGAAGGACAACAUCGUCAUUAUCUCCAUCAAAGGUACAAGUGCCCAGGGACUACCGGGAUCUGGAGUCGACGAGACAACCGUGAAUGACAAGAUCAACGAUAAUUUACUCUUUUCAUGCUGCUGUGCAAGAGUCAGCUAUCUAUGGACCACCGUAUGCGAUUGCUAUACCAAGUCAUAUACCUGUGAUGAAGCAUGCCUAGAGAAAGAGCUUCGAAAGAAGGACUAUUACUACUCGGCUACAUUGGACAUAUACAAACAUGUACGGAAAGACUACCCAAAUGCUACAAUUUGGGCAACAGGACAUUCACUUGGUGGCGCGUUAGCUAGCCUACUGGGCCGUACGUACGGGUUACCUACAGUCAGUUUUGAAGCUCCCGGUGAAUUACUUGCAGCCAAAAGGUUACACUUACCUUUCCCACCAGGUUUGCCCUCAUACUUGGAAGGUAUAUGGCAAGUUGGUCAUACUGCAGAUCCAAUCUUCAUGGGAACUUGCAAUGGAGCCAGUUCUAGCUGCUCAGUUGCAGGCUACGCCAUGGAAACUUCCUGCCACACGGGUAGAGUAUGUGUGUACGACGUCGUCAAGGAUAAAGGCUGGCAUGUAAAUUUGCUUAACCACAGAAUACAUACAGUCAUCGAUGAUAUUCUGAACCAAUAUGAAGAAGUCGCUACAUGCGUUGAACCGGAUCCUUGCAUCGACUGCUACAACUGGAAAUACAUCCCGGAAAAAGGCGCCAGCUCCACGAAAUCUUCCAGUAUGACCAAGACUACAACACAUACUUCCACAGGCACACCAACAUCAUCGUGCGUAGCACGCAAUUGGUUCGGCUUGUGCACAAGGUAUGAGUAG